AUUGAAUUGAUUAUGCCUUGUUUACUUGUGCUUAUAUUAGUCAACAAUUCAAAUAAAAUAAAAAUUAUUAGGAAUCAGAAUACUAUAUAUUAACAUAACACUAGUUUCAUUAAAAGUCCAUAAUUUGUCUAAUUGCAAAGGCUUCAAUUUGACUUGAAAAGAGAGUUUUAGUGACAGCCAUAGUCUUAUUAGAUAUAAGGCACUCAGAAGUUCCUAAUAGAAUUCAAUAUAGGAAACAUAAAGUCAUUAUAAUAACUAAUAAUACUAUCAUAGCUAUAAAACUCAUAAAGUACUUGCAUAUAUACAAUUUAUUAUUG